CGGGCUGUCCCCGUCACAGCGCCGCGGGACAGCCAUGCCGGGCCGCCUGCUGCGGGGCCUGUGGCAGCGAUGGCGCCGUUACAAGUACCGCUUCGUUCCUUGGAUCGCGCUGAACCUAAACCACAACCCGAGGACCCUCCGAUAUGUUCCAGAGGAAUCCAAAGACAAAGUUAUCUCAGAUGAAGAUGUCCUAGGAGCAUUACUGAAAGUUUUCCAGGCUCUUUUCAUUAAUGAUUUCAAUAAGCAAUCAGAUAUCUUGAGUAUGCUUCCAGAAACUGUUGAAUCAAAAUAUCAUGAUCUACUGUCAGUUCAACAUCCAAGGGUGAAACUGCUUGAAUACAGACAUCAACAGCAAAAUAUCUUUAAACCAGAAGAAAUUCUUUAUAAGACAAUGGGUUUCAGUGUUGUCCGAGCAACUAGCUCGUUGAUUUCUGCUGGAAAAGGUGUCUUCGUUUCCAGAGGACUGGUACCAAAAGGCGCGGUUGUAUCUAUGUAUCCUGGUACAGUAUAUCAGAAGUAUGAGCCAAUCUUUUUCCAGUCUAUUGGAAAUCCAUUUAUUUUUAGAUGCCUGGAUGGUGUACUCAUUGAUGGAAAUGACAAAGGAAUAUCAAAAGUCGUAUACAGAUCCUGCAAUGGGAGGGAUCGACUUGGUCCUUUAAAAAUGAGUGACAGUACAUGGCUAACAUCAGAAAUUUGUAAUCCACUCGCUGUAGGACAGUAUGUCAACAAUUGUUCAAAUGACAGAGCAGCUAAUGUCUGUUACCAGGAAUUUAAUGUGCCUGCAGUUUUCCCUAUAGAACUAAAGCAGUAUCUUCCAAACAUUGCCUACAGCUGUGACAAACAAAGCCCUCUUCGAUGUGUCAUUCUUGUAGCACUCAGGGACAUCAAACAAGGAGAAGAGCUUUUUUCAAACUACUAUACAAUUGUCAGCUAACUAUGAAUUAGAAAUUAGGUUUUCUACUCAACUAUUUAUACUAAAUGUUUUGUUGUUAAUUUUAUCUCUGAAUUCCACCUAUAGAGCAAAUAUUUUGAUGCUUUAUUGGAGUGGGAAUCUUUGGUCUUUAUUGAUAUUAAUGUGUUUAUAUUAAAAGCUAUUUGCUUCAUUACAAUUUCAAGUUUGUAAUGCAGUUACAACUUUAAUUGGUUUUCACCUAAAUACACAGUAGCUGAUUAAAUUAAAACCUACUGCCUGAAAUUAAAAUUUUUCUUUUAUUUUG